UUUUUCAAGAAUAGAAUAGAAUAGAAUAGAAUAGAAUAGAAUAGAAUAGAAUUUCAAUUUAAUUCAGUUCAUACUCAUAAACCAGAAUAGAAUAGAAUGAUAUAUACUCUAUACAAUAAUAAAUAACUUUCUCCCUCAGGAAUGUAAGACCAGCUUCAACCUUCUUUUCUUCUUCCACAGUUAAUCAGUAAAUAACCAUUCAAAUGAAGGAUUAGAUACCCAUAGAUGAGUAGAAUAAUAUCCCAUACUGUAUUUUCCCCUUUAAUACUGCACAUGAGAAGCACUCACUAAAGGAACAGGGCUGGGUGGGCUUUACUAAGUAAUUAUUGGAUGUACUCUUUUUUUAAUGUCCAAAUGCAAUAAAUAUAAACUGUAGUCCAAUUAGAAAUCACUUUCUUAGGCCUAAUUACCAAAGUGAAUGGAUUCCAUCUUGCUAAAAUCUACCAAAACUGUGCAUAGCUAGAAAGAGUUUAAUUUAUGAAAAAGCUUUUUUGGAACUCUGUACACCUGUUCUGAAAGAAAAAGAAAAAAGAAAGAAAGAAAGAAAGAAAGAAAUAGAUAGAUAGAUAGAUAGAUAGAUAGAUAGAUAGAUAGAUAGAUAAAUAAUUGGGAAAGAGGAGGAGUAUAUUUCUCAGGUUUUUCUAGUCCCAUAAAGGACAAACUCAUCAGUCGUUUAUAUAUACCCUGUAGAAUCGAAUUUGUGUGAGCACCUCUAUUGCAAAUUCGUCUCUAGGGGAAUAUAUGGAUGAUGCAAAAAGCUUGCUAAUGUUCUGUUUUCUUUGAUUUCCUCUUACUUGCUGAUGUAAUUAAAAAUCUCAAGUGUUUGGGGUGGGUGGGUGAUGCAUGUAUAUUUUUGUGUGUGUAUAAUUUUGAUAGAUCUAAUGGAGUCUCAUAACUAGAUGAUGAAUAAAUAGUUAAAACAAAAAGAAAGGUAAAUAGUUCUCCUGAUCAUAAAAACCACAAUUAUUACUUUUCUUGGAAAGAAGAAACAGUCAGCAUUGUAAACACAUGCUUGCACAAGCCCUUGUCAGAGAGAGAACAUGCAUGAGAGGAAAAGGGAGAGAAAGAGAGAGAGAGAGAGAGAGAGAGAGAGAGAGAGAGAGAGAGAGAGAGAGAGAGAGAGAGACCUAACCAUUUCAAGUGACUGAUUUAUGGCGUUUUACAGCCCCAUAAAAACUGCUACAACCAGCCCAGAGCCUCCGACACCGCUGGCACAUUUAGUCUAAUAAAUAAAACAUAAACAGUUAACUUUAUGUGUCACUUUUAUUGUUAUCAAGUAAAAUAUUGCAAUGCCCUGCAAGCUAUGAUUUUCAACUAUAAUUGUUAUCAAGCAAUACAAGGGAUUAAUCCAACUCUCAGUGCCCCCUUCUUCUUCAUGUAGGCUAUAGAUAAAGCCCUUAACUGCAAUAAAUGAACACUUUAAAAUGUUUGCUUCAGAUCAACUUCUUUAGCCUACCCAGGGGUCUGUUUAUAUUGGCAUCUGGGCAUAUAUUCUGUCCACUCCUAUUUCCAUAAGGAAACCAGAUGUUCUGAAUUAAGGCCCUAUACUUUUCUAUUGGUUGGGGGGGGCGGGUGUCAUGCCUACCUCUUGUAUGGGGAUGGGGCACAAUUAUCACCCUUCUGUCUUACAUUCAGUCCAGAUGGGUGUAGGGUGUGCACAUGUGUCCCCCCCCCAAUUAUGAAACCACUAUAACCUUUGACUGAACGAAGUCCGGAUCUAAAUGAAGAGAGCCUCUAUCUGCGUGUUUCUCCUUACUGUCACCUUCUCAUUCUCCCUUCCCACCCUCGGAUGGGUAAUGGACCUGCCCCAAUGGCUGCCUAGAACUUCCUCCGCUUUUAGUUUCCAGCUCUUCUUGCAACUCCUCAGAUCGCCCUUAAGCAAAGGUUAAUGAUCAUUCCUAGAACACUCCAAAUGACGCAAAGGUGAUUUGCAUUUGCCCCUGCUCCUCUCCCAACCGCCCCCGCCCUCGCAGGUAAGCUGACUUCUUUGUCUCUCCCCCCUCCCCCCCCCGCUUUUGCCCACAAAUCAUUGACAUGCAAAUCUUGAACUUCUUCCUACUUUUCAGCCCGAGCGUCUUGAAGGGAGCUUGUGGUCUAUGGGGAGGGGCGGAGGGGGCGCUUCUGCAGACAAUUAUACUAGCUGAGUUCUGGGGAAGAGGGGAGGGAGGCGGAGGCAACACCCUCUCCCCCCUCCCGAUUUUCUUUUAAGGUGAAACAAGCAGAGCAAUUUUGAGCGCGCGUCCUCUCUCUGCGCUGCAAAAAGAGAUCUUGGGUGUUUUCUCCUAAGCGAGAUUCACUCCAUUCUUGGUUGUGUACAAGAAAAGGGUUUGCUUGGGUACCUGAAAGGCGGUGGGUGGGUUAGGGCUGGGGGCGGGGAAAACCUAAUGGGAAGAAGCUUUUCCUACAUUCCCAUCUUUCUUGCCAAAAAUGAUGGAGUUUAUUUCUACCAUCUCCCUGACUUGACGUGGUCCUUUAAGAAAAGAAGGAAAGGCAAAGAAGAUAAGAGAAGAGCCAUUUCUGGUUGCCUGCAUUAUUUACCCUCCCCCCCAAUUCCCUUCUGCUCGGAAUUGGGUGGGGGGCUGUGUGUGGGGGGGAAGACCACCGACCAAACAAGAAGAUCACACGCACACGCUCGUGUACACACACAUACACACACUCGCGCGCGCGCGCACACAAAUUGGAUACACUUUGAAUAAGCUUUUGGUUCCUUAUCCGGGGACUAGCGCGGCUGGCGUGAUUGGCGCAACGAGUCACAUGGUGAAAGUAACUUUACGGGGUCGCCAGCUAGUAGGAGGGUUUUAUGGAGCAGAAAAACGACAAAGCGAGAAAAAUUAUUUUCCACUCCAGAAAUUAAUGAUCAUGAGCUCGUAUUUGAUGGACUCUAACUACAUCGAUCCGAAAUUUCCUCCAUGCGAAGAAUAUUCGCAAAAUAAUUACAUCCCAGACCACAGUCCGGAAUAUUACAGUCGGACUAGGGAGUCCAGUUUCCAGCAUCAUCACCAGGAAUUGUACCCUCCACCUCCACCACCACCACCACCACCUCCUCCUCCUCCUCCACAGCGACCCAGCUACCCCGAGCGCCAGUACAGCUGUGCCAGCCUUCAAGGUCCCGGCAACCCCUCCGCGCAUCCACGGGGCCAUGGACAGACGCCCGGAGGCCACCAUCUCCCCGAGAAAGCGCAGCAGCUCUGUGACCAAACGGCUCUCUCCAGUGCGGCUACCUCUCCUUCCCCAGCCCCUCCAGCUUGCAACCAGCAAAACCCCGAGCAUCCCAGCAGCACGGCCUCUAAGCAACCCAUAGUCUACCCAUGGAUGAAAAAAAUCCACGUCAGUACUGUGAAUCCUAAUUACAAUGGAGGCGAGCCCAAGCGGUCCCGGACUGCCUACACCCGUCAGCAGGUCUUGGAAUUAGAAAAGGAGUUCCACUAUAACAGAUACCUGACGAGGCGGAGGCGCAUCGAGAUUGCCCAUUCCUUAUGUCUCUCGGAGAGACAGAUCAAGAUCUGGUUUCAGAACCGGCGGAUGAAAUGGAAAAAAGACCACCGACUGCCCAAUACCAAAGUGAGAUCCACGGCUCCGGCCAAUUCCUCAGCCGGCUCCCUGCCCGCUUCUUCUUCCAACGCGGUUGCUGGCGAAGAUCAUUCGCAGAGCUCAGCUCAGGAACCACGAGCAGAGGAUAUUACAAGGUUAUAAACAAACCAACCAACCAACAACAACAAAAAAAAAUGCCCCAUGCAAAUUGACUCUGAUUAUUUAUAGAAUCUAAUAUAUAUCUAUAUAUUUUGGGGGGUUUUUUUCAUCGUAGUUUUCCGUGCGUGUAUAUAUAUUUAGGAGAGAGAGAAAGAGAGAGAGAGAAACACACAUACAUACACAUACACAAAAGAAUGAGGUCUAUUGACGAUCUCAAGCUUUUAGGUGCAUGUAUUAUUAGCAUGAGAGGCUAGGUGGCAUACCUGUUGGGGGGGUUUUUUAAUCACCAUUUUCAGGGUUUUAUUUAUUUUUUAAAAAAGGAAAGAGAAUGGAAGGAUGGGCUGUGUAUGCGGAUGUGUCUGCAUGGGGAUGUAUGUAUGUAUGUAUAUAAGUGUGCGUGUGUUGGGUUGGGGAACUAAAUGUUCUGUUUUAGAUGAAAAAUCGGGGCAUAUGCUAAUAAUUAUACAGGCAAGGAAAGAAUGUAAUUAUUUUGCUCUCUGAGUUUACACAUGGAGAACAAAAAAAAAAGAGGACCAUUGAAGGCUUCCCUCCCCCUCCUCCUUUUCUUUCUUCUUGUAUAAAUGUGGAGAAAGAUUUUUUUUUUUUUACAAAAAUGGGGGAUGGCACACACGAGCUAGUAGAAACUAAUAAAUGUCUGGUUAGUUCAAUGUGAGCAGCAAGAGAUAAGGAGAGCAAGCUAGACAGCGAAUUGAAGGGGUGGGGGAAUCAGUGGGUAGAUUUUUUUUUUUUUUGGCUUUUCGUCGUGGUUCUUGUGUUUUUGGACUAAUUUUACAUGAUCAUUGUAAACCUGCAAUAAAUGAGUUUUAAGUGUAUAUGUGAAAGUCCCCUUGUUCAAUAAAACAAAACAAAACAAAAGUGAGUGUGACACAGACUUGACUCUGGAAUGUUUGGUGAGUUAUUUUGCUUUUUUGUCUGCUUUUAAAAAUAAAACGCUGGGAGAAUAGGCAGAGGCAGAAUUACUUGAGUAAAAACACCCUUUCUCAGCUAAGUUUGAAGAACUUUCCGUAGUUAGGUGUGGGGGUGUUGUUGUUGUUUUUUUUUAAAAAAAAAGCUGUCUAGGGCCAUGGAAGCUAAAUUGUCAAUCUUGCCAUUGAUUUUAGGAAUUGUGACUUGCACCCCUUCUACUCUGUGACAUCACAAGAUGGGCACUGUCUUUGAACCCACACUUUACCAGGCAAUCUUUGCCCUGGAGGGAUACACGUGUGUUUGAUUAGAAAUAGAUUCAACUGAUUCUGGAUGUGUGUGUGCAUUACUUUUUUUAAAAAAAUGUGUCUUUUAAAAUUUUAUAGGUACAUGAGCCUCUUACCCUUGGUUUAAUCAUGUUAUCGAGUUAAUUGCCUUCCUUUGCUGUCUGUAAACAACUUUAGCUCAAAUUUACCCCUUGUUAUUGUACUUUAACUAAGUUGCUAGCAUAUAUUGGAGAUAUUAGAGAGAAAGAGUAGUGCUGUAGAGAAUCUGGAGAUGUUUACUUUCUGAGGGGAAGCAGAAAGGGUGACUAGGAAAAAAUGUAGCACAGAUGUGUUUGCACAAGGAAUAGUUCUACUGUGAUUGUAGAUAGAUAAGAUAGAUACUUUAGCAAGUGCCUUUUUAAGUGCACUGAUUAUCCUAUUGAUCAGCAGGCCCUGAAAAUGGAAAAUAAGUAGGUGAUCAAAUUAUGCUUUUCAACUCUUCUUUUAGAUAGUAGUGCCAGGAUCUUUACUUGCAUUGGGUAAAUCUUUUAAUAAUUUGAAAGCAGAAUUUAGUUAGGUUGCAAGAGCAGACGAAUCAAUUUAUUUGUAUAUAUUGUUACCUUUAAAUUAUGUGCAAAAUUGUGGGCUAUCUAUAGCAUUGAUAGUCAGACAACAAUAUAUAUAUACAUUUCAGCUGAUAUAGGGGUUUGAAAGUUUAGGGAAAAUGAUUUUUGAAGGGCACGUUACUGUAGCCUUCUGAUGGUGAUAAAGAAAAUCAGUUUCGCAUCCAAGGCCUAUGGAACACCCAGGAAAUGACUGACAGACAUAUUCAGAUUAUUCAGCCAUUCCAUUCAGGUUAAUGUAGAACUUUUGUGGUUUUUAAAUGGGGCAUAAUUAAAUCUAGUAAUAAUCAUCCAGAUUCAUUUACAAACCACUUCGCAAAGAAACUUGAGGUCUAGCUGAAGAGGAUGACAGUUCAAGCCUGUUACUUUUUCAAUCCAUCUGAUGAAUGUUGAAGAGAUGAGCAGCCAGGCGAAAACCUAUGGCAUCAUUUUUUUUACUAUUCCCAGUAAAGAAUACAGACAUGUGUUGAAUGUAUGGGAAUGAUAAAUUAAAAUGUUUCCUUAUCACACUAUCAGGCCUGUUUGUCCACCUUAUUUUAUAGAUCAA